AUGACAGAGAUAGGUGAAAAAUAUAAAACAAUUGCCUUACAAUGGAUCCCAUCCCACUGUGGUAUCCCCGGUAGCAAAAAAGCUGAUGCACUGGCCAAAAAAGGUUGCAUUGUUAAUCAAGCCCCAAAUAACUUGGUUAGCUAUAAAUCCACUUCGUUAAUGAUUAAUCAUGCAAUUAAGACAACACAUAUAUCAUUGCUAAAAGAACGGACAAAAGAAAAAUCGUGGGAAAAUGACAUCCUUAAUCUCCCCGAUUUCCCAAGAGGCAGUUUUGUAGCUGCCUUUCGUCUUGCUACCAAGCACGAUUGCUUAUACGCCCAUCGUUUCCGUCUUAAAAUAGUGGAUAAUCCUGCCUGCCCCCUCGGCCGCAGUGGUGCGACGAUGAAUGCUGGACAUCUUCUCAACUGUUCAAUUCUCACAAAGAACUGCAUCUACUCCCGAUACUGGGAGGCCAGAGAACUUUUGUUCAAUUUAAGUUCUUGA